AUGGGGAAAGAGAAUGCAGGUGAAGUGGGGAAAGGGAAGACAAUAGGAAAGGGAAAAGAGAAGUUGAGUAGACCCGAGAAGAAGAAGGUGAAUAAUCCAGUGGGAACUUCUCCCAUUACUAGAAGUAAGAAGGUUAUAGAUGAAGGACAAGGUAGUGUUUCAGUAAGAACCUCUCCUAUAACUAGAAGUAGGAAGGUGUUAGGAUUGGGAGAGAAUAGUUUGCCAGUGGAGACUACACCCAAGAAAAAGGGUAAGAAGAAGCAGGUUACUAGAACUUUAGUUGAUGAGCCUAUUAUAGAAACAGACCCUGAGGAUAGUGAUUACAUUAUUCCUGAGGAUGGUGAACAGUAUGAAACAGAUGAUUCAUUAGGUGACAAUGAACUGGGCUCUGAUGAUGAAGAGUAUAGGGAUGCUAGAUUGAACCUAAGACUAGUGGAAGGGGUAGUACAAGAAAGAGAAGAGGGAGACUUGCCAGAUGAUGUAUCUAUGAGUGAGGGUAGGAGUGCUGAUCCAAGGGGUAGUAACACUGAAGGAGAUGAGGGAAUGCUAUCUGAUUACAUUGUAUCUGAUGGAGAUGUGGUGUCUGAUUCCACAGAUGAGGAAGAAGGAUCCAAGAGAUUGCCUAGAAUCAUGUAUGACCCUAGGUGCAAUCAUAAGGACUUGAUAGUACAGAUAGGGCUAAGGUUUGAAAAUGGUUAUCAAUGCAAGGAAGCUCUUAGAAGCUGGGCUAUACUGAAGGGUUAUCCUAUUCGGUUUAGGAGAGUUAGUAAAAAACAACUAGAUGCUAAGUGUAGACCACCAUGUAUCUGGAGGUGCUAUGGGUCUGACAUCAAAGACCAAUGUACUUUUGCUGUGAAAGUGCUUGUUGGUGAGCACACCUGUCUUUUUGACAUUCACAACAAGUUGGCAGAUUACAAGUGGUUAGCAAAGCAAUACAUUGAGGUUUUCAGAUUGAGGCCCUGCAUGCAGGUUCAGGAGAUGGCAUUGGAUGUCAACACUAGAUUCUCUAUACAACCCUCUUUGGGGAGACUGUAUAGGGCAAAAGCUCAUGCUUUAGAGCUCUUAAGGGGGUCAGUUAAGAAACACUACAAUUCAUUGAGGUCUUAUAUGUCAGAGUUGAUGAGGGUGGAUAAAGAAGGGAGGUUUGAGCUUCUAUUAGGUGAUGAUUCAGUAUUUAGGGGGCUUUAUAUUGGCUUCAGUGCAUUAAGAAAGGGGUUCAUGGAAGGAUGUAGGAGAAUAAUAGGACUUGAUGGCUGUUUUCUGAAAACCUAUUUGGGUGGACAACUUUUAUGUGCAGUUUCUAAGGAUGGAAACAAUCAGAUGUUUCCAGUAGCCUGGGCUGUUGUAGAGGCUGAAAACGAAGAGUGUUGGAGUUGGUUUAUAAAAAUCUUGCUUGAGGACUUGGGUGUCACAGAUGGUUUGGGGAUCAGCUUCAUAUCUGAUCAACAGAAGGGACUACAAAAUGCAGUGGCAAGUCUUGCACCAUUUGCUGAACAUAGAAAUUGUGCAAGACAUGUCUACUGUAACUGGAAGAAAACACACAAAGGAGCAACACUAAAGAAUCUUUUUUGGAGAGCAGUACGUGCAUCAUAUCAACAGGAGUUUGACUUAGCAAUGGAGGAGAUGAAAGCUGAGAGUCAGGAAGCACACACAGAUUUUAUGAACAGGGAAUACCACAGGUUUUGUAGAUGCUUUAUCUCUACACAUUGUCUAUCUGAUAUGGUUGAUAAUAAUGUCUCUGAGACAUUUAAUGGCUAUAUAGUGAAAGCUAGGGCUAAGCACAUAAUCACCAUGUUAGAAGACAUUAGAGUUGCUUUAAGGGGGAGACAGUACAAAAAGCUGGGGUUGGUGACUGAUAGUACUGAAAAAAUAUGCCCAAACAUAAGAAAAAAACUUGACAAACUGAGAUAUGAUGCCAGAAUGUGCCAAGCCUAUCCUGGUUUAGGUGGCAAAUUUGAAGUAAGCUGUUAUGAUGAUAGGCUUAUGCAUAUGGCUUAG